UCGUCGGGCAAGGUCAAGUCGGUUCAGCUGUGGGACAAGUCCAAGGAGGACCUCCUGAAGCAGCUCGGUGAGCUCAAGACUGAGCUCGGUCAACUGCGCAUCCAGCAGGUUGCCUCGUCUGGCAGCAAGCUCAACAAGAUCCACGACCUGCGCAAGUCCAUCGCCCGUGUCCUCACCAUCAUCAACGCCAAGCAAAGGGCUCAGCUCCGUCUGUUCUACAAGAACAAGAAGUACGCUCCCCUCGACCUCCGCCCCAAGCAGACCCGCGCCAUCCGCCGCCGGCUAUCACCCGAGGACAAGGCUCGUCUCCUUGAGAAGGCCAAGAAGCGCAACGUGCACUUCCCUCAGCGCAAGUUUGCCGUCAAGUCCGCUUAG